UUUGAGCAGGAACAGAGUUGUGCAUGUGUAGUAGGGGGGUCCGUUCGUAUCUGGGGGGUGACUGGUGAAUUUCAGCCCUUUUUUAAUUCCAUUUUAUUUUAUUAUUUUCUAUUUUAUGUUCUCCUUAUUUUCCUUACUUCGAUCAAUCAAUCCGUUGCACUCGCGCGCACGCAGAUACACUUGGAAGUACAGAUUUUCAUAUAGACCAUGAACAAACUCUAUGUGGGGAAUCUGAGUCCUUCGGUGACCGUGGAGGACCUGAAGCAGCUCUUCGACGAAAGGAAGCUUCUCGUGACCGAUCAGGUCCUGCUAAAAUCCGGCUAUGCCUUCGUGGACUUCCCCGACCAAAACUGGGCGAUUAAAGCCAUCGAGACGCUAUCUGGGAAAGUUGAAUUACAUGGAAAAGUGAUCGAGGUCGACUACUCUGUUCCUAAAAAAUUGAGGAGUCGGAAGAUUCAGAUCCGGAACAUUCCUCCACAUCUACAGUGGGAGGUUUUGGAUGGCCUUUUAGCAGAGUAUGGGACUGUAGAAAAUGUGGAACAAGUUAACACUGAUACAGAAACAGCAGUGGUGAAUGUCUCAUACUCGACAAAAGAGGAGGCUAAAAUAGCUGUAGAGAAGUUAACUGGACAGAAGUGUGAGGAUUACUCCUUUAAAGUGUCUUAUAUUUUGGAUAUGGAUGCUGCUUCACCUCUGCCUGCAACUCAGAAUCGUCGGGGUGGAAGGUCAUCACGGGAUCAAGACUCCCAACCCAGGACCUCAGGAGGCUCUCUGGGGCCCCGACAGAAACAGCCAGACUUCCCCCUGCGCAUACUGGUGCCCACGCAGUUUGUGGGAGCCAUCAUUGGCAAGGAGGGGCUCACAAUCAAAAACAUCACCAAACAGACACAGUCUAAGGUGGACAUCCAUCGUAAGGAGAAUGCAGGAGCGGCAGAGAAGCCCAUCUCCAUCCACUCCACUCCUGAGGGCUGCUCGGCCACAUGCCGCAUGAUCAUGGACAUAAUGGAGAAAGAGGCCUAUGACACGAAGGUAACAGAGGAUGUUCCUUUGAAGAUCCUGGCCUACAACAGUCUGGUUGGAAGACUGAUUGGGAAGGAGGGCAGGAACCUGAAGAAGAUUGAAGAGGAGACAGAGACCAAGAUUACCAUCUCUUCGUUACAGGACUUGACUUUUUAUAACCAAGAGAGAACCAUUAUCGUGAAGGGUAGUAUUGAAGCCUGUUGUAGGGCUGAAGCAGAUAUCAUGAGAAAACUGAGGGAAGCCUAUGAGAAUGACAUUGCUGCUAUUAAUCAAAACACCAACCUUAUUCCUGGACUGAGCCUGAGCACAAUGGGCAUCUUUUCCAACAAUCUGUCAGUAUUGCCACCAACUGCUGGUCCUCGAGGUGUCCCACACAUACCCCCAACUGGCUACAACCCCUUUCUUGGUCAUUCAUCACAACUGGGUGGACUAUAUGGUGUUCCGCCUGCUAGUGCCGUCUCUCACCAGCACACAGCUCCUGAACAGGAGGUGGUCUAUCUCUUUAUUCCCACUCAGGCUGUCGGUGCUAUUAUUGGCAAGAAGGGACAACAUAUUAAACAACUAGCACAAUUUGCUGGAGCCUCUAUUAAGAUUGCACCUGCGGAGAGUCCUGAUGUCACUCAGAGGAUGGUCAUCAUCACUGGGCCGCCGGAAGCUCAGUUUAAGGCCCAGGGCAGGAUAUUUGGGAAGCUGAAAGAGGAGAAUUUCUUUACUGCAAAAGAGGAAGUGAAGCUGGAGACGCAUAUAAAAGUGCCCUCAUCAGCUGCCGGGAGGGUCAUUGGGAAAGGUGGCAAAACGGUUAAUGAGCUGCAGAACUUAACCAGUGCAGAAGUCAUAGUGCCACGGGACCAAACCCCUGACGAGAACGACGAGGUCUUUGUCAAAAUCAGUGGGCAUUUCUUUGCCAGCCAGACUGCACAGAGGAAAAUCAGGGAGAUCAUUCAGCAGGUUAAACAACAGGAGCAGAAGCACCAGCAAGGCCCUCCCGUCACACAUCACUCCAAGUGACCAUCAGGGCAGCCCCAGCGGGAACCUGCCAGUGAAUGUAGCCCUCCCAACUGGAAUCAGACCAGUCCGGACAAAGAGCACCGGCCGGGCAGACCAGCAGCCACGGGAUCAAAACCAAAGAACUUAUUUCUGGGGGAGAUGAAGGAGCCACAGGCAGACAGGCUCUGAGUGCACUGCCAGCUUGGGGAGGACAGGGUGGGGUGGGUGGGAUGGAUGGAGAGAAAGACAAAUGUAACUUUUUUUUGUUUAAACAAACCCUGACUGGGAAAAGAAUGGGCAUCUGUUAUCAAGACAGUUGAUAAGGAAACACCAACGUGAUUGCCCCACAUAACAAUUUAUUUUUAAACUUCUUAAUUUAGGCUUAACACAGAUAAGAAGCUCCAUUAACAUGUACACUGAUGGAUUUGGACUGAGUUGUGUUGUUUUCUUGGGUAGGUAAAGUGGUGUGCUUUAGCAUUUGGGGAGAAGUUUGAUGUUCAGUUUGCAAUUUGAACGAUCCUUAGCAGUAUUCUCAACAGUACACUAGAACAAAUAUACUGUUACCUACAGAAGAAGUACGGUUCUUUUUGUUUUGCACAAGCCAUCAGAUGUGUAGUGCACAUAUGCAGUUGUUUAUUCAUAACUUUGUUUCUUAAAUUUCUUUAAUGAUGGGACAAGAAUUUAAGGAAGUGACAAAGAAGGCUUAUUUAUAUCUUAGCUUGUUGGACACAUCUAAAAAACUUAGAAGAUGCAAGGACAGCGGUGGGUUAUUCUGAAUCUUUGUUGCUUAGCCUGUGUGUGCCAACAGAUGGGGUUCAAAUCCCUUUUGAACAUUUCUCAUUGGGCAUUUCUUACAUUCGGUUUUCAUUUUUAGCUUUCAACUCUUUUAGUUUGCUUAAUUUCAAUCUAUUGUCAUAGCUGACAGCUCAACAGUUUCCAUACUAUUUUAUGUCAGUGUUUUUGCAGCCUCUGUAUUAAGUCAUUUCAUCGACUGCCACUUUCCACCCAACAGGAAGUUAGCGGUAGUUAUAAUGAGAUAAGAGUGACAGGCCUGUAUGCAUAGGCAUGUUGUAAAUGUGGAUUAGGAGUUAUCACCCCUUGUUUGAUUUAGGGGUAUGAAAAGUAUAUAAAGCAUGCACCAGCGUACUGGUUUGGCGUCGGGCAGAAUCACAAUAGAAUUUGCACCAAGAAUUCUGCCUUAAUCUAUGCUGAAAGAAAUUGAGCAGAUGGGCAACUUUAAAUGUGAUUAUAUGGUCAGUUUGGGGUGAGACUGGGGAAGGGCAUGGGUAAAAGUGGGACGAGGAGGCACCUUAUGACCUGUGGUACACACACGACCGCAAUUGGCUUUAAACCUCUUUGUCAGGGAGCUUUCUAAAUGGCAUGACAGCUGUGAAUGUACAAUAAGCAGCCUUUUAGAAAGAGCGCCACCAUGUCAUGUUUAGUGAGCUGGUUGAUCAGUUUGUUGUUUUAGUUUUUUUUUUUUUGGGGGGGGCUCUCGUGAAAAAAAAAAAAAAAACUGAUCGACUGUUUCAAUAGUUUGCUGGACAUGCAUGCAUGGAUAUCCCUUUGUGAUUUAUUUUUUUAGUUCAUUUUAUUUGUUUUGGUUCUUUUGACCAUGGAAGCUUGUAGCCUUAAUUUCCACCAGUCUAUGACAUCACAGACCGCUCCAUCACCCAAUGAGAGCUAAGCCUCGUCUUCCUGACGGAAGGUUUAUGCCAGUACGCACAGCUUCCAUUUGUGUGUAUGCGCGUGUGUAUAUAGAUAUAUAUAUAAUGAGAGAGAAAUAUUUAUAAAUCUAUUUUUUUCCUAUUUUGUGACGAGAGCUAUUAGUAAGAAACAAACAAAAACAAAAAAGUUUUGUUUUUUGGUGGAACACUGCCAUGUUAUUCUGAAGGGAAGUGUUUUUUUUGUUUAGUUUUUUUGGAAGUAUACUAUGAAUAUUGAUAGUGUACUAACCAUAAGAACAGUAAAAGAAUCACCACAACACUUUGAUCAGAAUGUGAUCAGUGCGCAUGUCAGUAUUGUUAUCUACCUCAGGCGUCAGGGUACCUCAGUCCAAUCUUUAAUUUCCUUUUUUUCCACAUUUUGUAUGCCUUGUAAACUGAACGUUUUGAACGUUUUUUUCCUUUCUUUUCAUUUUCUUUUUAAUAAAACAAAGAUCAAGAAAAAAAAAAUAGACUCUGCAGUCUUCAGGUCCAUCUGAGAGAUGGAUCUUAAAGCUUUCUAAAUUGUAUCAGAGUUUACUGUGUUCCUUUGCUGGACGCAACCUUGUAAUAGUGCUGAGAUUUACAGAUUGUAUAAUUGAGUCCAUGUGGUAUGGGCCGAAGAGAGGAAUCACAGGGGUACCUAUCUGCCCAAAAAGGGUUUUGUGUAUGUGGAUAUUGAUUUCUAAAUCAAAGACCAAUAGAACCUAAAACGGCUUAAUUACAAGUAUUCUCCAGGAGCAAUUGCAUCAUCUAAAGUCAACUGUCUCUUUACAUUUUAUAAAAAUCUAUCUAAAUUCAGGAAUUACAGAUCGUUUUGUUUUUUUGUUUAAGUCAUGUUUUUAUUUGAGUUCACUUAACAGUUGCUACAUAUCAAUUUGGGCUGAUAUGAAAAUAAAAAAGAUAUAAUGCAGCUCUGUUCUCUAUGUUAUAAUUAACAAAGUUGUUCACUGGCUGUCAUUGUGUUUAAUAAAAGUGUUUGUCUGUAAUCACACAAAAUUCAGAUGCAGAUGCCCAAAUGCAGGUAUUUUCAUCUCAUAUCUACUCUGACCACAACGGUCUCUAGCUCUCCUUAAUUUAAACUCAAAGUGGAUCUGUUGCGGAGUACAGUACAUGCUGUUAUGUGUAUUACCUCUCCCAGACUGAGGCUAAUGUGAAAUACAUGAGCUCAACGGAGCAAAAUAUGGAAAAGCCAAUGAAGAGUUGAUGGUCACUGUGUUAGAUUCAGGUGUAAGGCUAGUUUGCAUUCAUACAGUAGGCUAAUUCACAUUUAAUAAUCUGUUCCACUUUAUAGCUUUAGUUCUCCUAAUGUUUUAUAUUUAAAUGUUUUUUUUUUUUUUGAGGGGGUGAUGCUCAUUUGAUGUGCAUUAAUAUAGACAUCUGUAAAUUGUUAGUAUUUUAACUUGCACUGAAUCAACUUGUCCACAUUACACCUACCCACAACGAGUAGCACAGAAAUCAGGUGCUAGAGAACAUGGCGUUUUAGUUAGAUAAGAAAGGUUUUUAGUAGAUUGACUGCUUAUUCUUUGAAAUUGUUUCUGUGAAGUUUGGCCCAUAAUCUGUGGAUUUUUGUGCUUUAACAAACUUUCACUUAAAAAAAACUGAACAUGGUUCUUGAUUCUGUGAAGCGCUGAAGGCUUUGCCAGAUGAGGCUGUUAUUGAAUUAUAGACUUUAUGCUUAAUCUCAGGUGUUUGCUCAUUGAUGGAUUUCAUGUUGUGUAGCAAGCAGUAUGAUAACUCAGAUUAACUCGGGCAUUUUAAAUGCAAGUGUAAUAAACCUAUCAGCCACAACAUUUAAACCACCUGCCUAAUAUUGUGAAGGUCCCCCUUUUUGCCGCCAAUACAGCGCCAACCCGCUAUUCUGAGAUGCUAUACUUCUCACCACAAUUGUACAGAGUGGUUAUCUGAGUUACCGUAGACUUUGUCAGUUCGAACCAGUCUGGCAAUUCUCUGUUGACCCCUCUCAUCAACAAGUGUUUCCAUCCACAGAACUGCAGCUCACUGGAUGUUUUUUUUUUGGACCUCAGGUGGUAAAGCGGGUUGUCCAAUAAUCGCAGGGUUGGUGGUUCAAUUCCCGGCCCACAUGACACCACAUGCCAAAGUGUCCUUGGGCAAGACACUGAACCCCAAGUUGCUCCAAUGGCAGGCUAGCGCCUUGCAUGGCAUGGCUGGUGUGCAUCAUCAUUGGUGUGUGAAUGAGACGCAGUGUAAAGCACUUUCAAUACCGAUAAGUUUAAAAAUAUAAGUGCAGACCAUUUACCAUUUCUGAGUAACUUGUGUGUGAAAAUCCCAGGAGAUCAGCAGUUACAGAAAUACUCAAACCAGCCCAUUUGGCACAAACAAUUAUACAUGCGAUUAUAUAAUCAGAGGUGCAUAAAAUUAUGCAGAUAUGGGUCAGGAGCUUCAGUUAAUGUUCACAUCAACCAUCAGAAUGGGGAAAACAUGUGAUCUCAGUGAUUUGGACCGUGGCAUGAUUGUUGGUGCCAGACGGGCUGGUUUGAGUAUUUCUGUAACUGCUGAUCUCCUGGGAUUUUCACACACAACAGUCUCUAGAAUUUACUCAGAAUGGUGCCAAAAACAAAAAAACAUCCAGUGAGUGGCAGUUCUGUGGACGGAAAUGAUGAGAGAGGUCAACAGAGAAUGGCCAGAC